UCCAGCCCCUCUUCCUGCCCCCCUCCCCCGGAAUGCCGCUCGCCGCUCCCGGUGGGAUGGAAGUGCCCCCCGCGAGCCGCUUCCUUCUCCCCCGGUAGCAGGCGGCGGGGCCCCGAGUUCGGUGCAAAAAUGCUGGGCAUGUACGUGCCGGAUAGGUUCGCCCUGAAGUCGUCCCGGGUGCAGGACGGGAUGGGGCUCUACACGGCCCGCAGAGUGAAGAAGGGUGAAAAGUUUGGCCCCUUUGCAGGGGAAAAGCGAAUGCCGCAGAAACUGGACGAGAACACAGACUGCAGGCUCAUGUGGGAAGUUCGUGGGAGCAAAGGCGAGGUCCUUUACAUCCUGGAUGCCAGCAACCCGCGCCAUUCGAACUGGCUGCGCUUUGUCCAUGAGGCUCCAUCCCAGGAACAGAAGAACCUGGCAGCCAUCCAGGAGGGAGAAAAUAUUUUCUAUCUGGCUGUGGAAGAUAUUGAAACAGACACAGAACUUCUCAUUGGGUACUUGGACAGUGACAUGGAAGAAGAGGAGGAGGAGGAGGAAGAAGUAACUGUUAUCCAGGAAGAUGAAGACAGUGGCAGCAAUAAAGAAGUUCAACCAGCUGGUGACAAAGUUGCAGAUCCUCUCACCUGUAAACAGGACCAUGCAUGCCCAAACUGUGAAUCCAGUUUUGCCAGCCAGGAGAUCCUAGCUGAGCAUCUGCAGACUUUGCACCAAAAACCCAGUGAGGAAAAGGAAUUUAAGUGCCGAAAUUGUGGAAAGAAAUUCCCUGUUAAACAAGCUCUGCAAAGACAUGUACUUCAGUGCACAGAGAAUAUCAGCCCAGGAGACUCCUCAAGAAGUUUCCAGUGCUCUGUUUGCAAUACUGCAUUCAGCUCAGAAUCGAGUUAUGAGCAGCACAAGGAGGCAUGCAGAGGGGAUGCCAGGUUCAUAUGCAAGGCAGAUAGCUGUGGGAAGAGGUUCAAGAGCAAGGAUGCCCUGAAAAAACACAAAGAAAAUGUUCACAGUGGAAAUUCUAGGAAGAAGCUGAUGUGUUCAGUGUGCAAUAAGAAAUGUUCCUCAGCAGCAAAUCUCCAGGAGCAUCGAAAGGUCCAUGAGGUCUUUGAGUGUCAAGACUGUGACAAGAAGUUCAUUUCGGCGAACCAGCUGAAGCGCCAUAUGAUAACUCAUUCAGAAAAACGCCCCUACACCUGCGAGGUUUGCAAUAAGUCCUUCAAACGACUUGAUCAAGUGACUGCACACAAAAUAAUACACAGUGAAGAUAAACCUUAUAAAUGCAAGCUUUGUGGAAAGGGAUUUGCCCACAGAAAUGUUUACAAGAAUCACAAGAAGGUACAGCACAGGCAGCAGCACUGCGAGCUUCCCCACAGUGUCUCGUCCAUGUGUCCCAAGCCUGUUCUGGAGGAACCCCCUGUUGAGACCCAUUCUGAAGAGAGACCGUUCCAGUGCGAGGAGUGCAAAGCCCUGUUCCGAACCCCCUUCUCUCUACAAAGACAUCUGUUAAUCCAUAACAGUGAGAGGACCUUCAAGUGUGAUCACUGUGAUGCCACUUUCAAAAGAAAAGACACGUUAAAUGUUCAUAUUCAAGUUGUACAUGAUGGACAUAAGAAAUACAAGUGUGACCUGUGUGACAAAGCUUUUGUGACACCCUCAGUCCUGAAGAGCCAUAAGAAAACUCACACAGGAGAAAAAGAGAAGAUUUGCCCAUAUUGUGGACAGAAGUUUGCAAGCAAUGGAACACUGAGAGUUCAUAUUCGAAGCCAUACAGGUGAGCGUCCUUACCAGUGUCCCUACUGUGACAAAGCUUUCAGCAAGAACGAUGGCUUGAAGAUGCACAUUCGCACCCACACCAGGGAAAAGCCGUACCAGUGCUCGGAGUGUAACAAGGCUUUCAGUCAGAAGCGAGGCCUGGACGAGCACAUGAGGACCCACACCGGGGAGAAGCCCUUCCAGUGUGAUGUUUGUGAUCUGUCCUUCAGCCUGAAGAAGAUGCUGAUCCGACACAAGCUGACUCACAACCCCAACCGCCCCAUGGCGGAGUGCCAGCUCUGCCACAAGAAGUUUACAAGGAAUGACUACCUCAAAGUGCACAUGGAAAAUGUCCAUGGAGAAACUGACAGCUAAAUAUGCCCUCAGUGAGAAGGGUGGAUCCAAAGUGGUGCGUUUGUACGUGUACAAACUCCAGACUUUCUACCUGGCCAGUAAGCACAGUCAGGAGAAACAACUGUAGUGCCUUCACAUAUUAUUUUUCCCAAUUUUGUUGUAAAUAUGUUAGUAGGAAAAAAAACCGAAAGACAUUCUGAUGUAAACCAGCUUGAAAAUAAAAAAAAAAUUAAGAUACAAGAACUUUGGAAAAAUUUUAUCCUCAUUUAAACAAAGAAGCUUUAAGCAGACUUUUCUUUGUUAUUGACAUCCUUAGAAACUUAGAUAUUAGUAGCAGUGCCUGGAAAUCCUGGACACUUGCAACCAGACUUGGCUGUCUGCAACUGUAUUUCUGUAUCUAACCUACAAGGCUGCAUUAAAAUUAUUUAAUUUGAAAUCACACAGAAUUUGUCAUUCUGAUUGACUGCUGAUUGUAUCUAGGCUUGCUUUAUUCAUAUCAUAAUUCUGCAUUUUGUUGUAACACAAUUUUGUCUCAUUUUAUUUGCAGCUUUCUCAUUACUGUAUGAAACUCAUUAACUUGAAUUGAUUCUUGAGAUGCCAAAAUGUGUGGGUAGAGAACUGUGGAAAUCUGUCAGCGUUCAGUAUUCCUGUAUGAGAUUGAGGAGGAUUUAUUUCAUCUGGUUACGUGAAACAAGACUGAAGUGAAAAUUUUGAGCAAUUUAGUUUUAAGUACUAUAUUCAUACUCAUCACUGUGGCUGGCAAGGUAAGCUACAAUACAUAAGGAUUAAUCUUGCUGUAUGUAAUCGGCAACACCAGUUAAGCAGCUGAAGCUUUGAUCUUGUUAAUGGUGUCAACAGAACAAGGGAUUGACAGGAUCAAUGAGGGAAUUCAAACCUUCCUGGCAAACACAAGAAGCAGGUGCAGGAGGUUGAAGCCCAGCUCCAGUUUAAAAGGUAGCAUAACAGUCCCUCUGAAGCACCACUUGGAGUGGAGGAGCUCAGUGUGCUGCUGUCAGGGUGUGGUCAGGGUACAGUAAAAGGUUUUCAGUUCAGUUACAUACUUAAUGCACUGAAGUGUUGAGAUGAUCUUCACGGUGAGAUUUUAAAUCUGCUUAUUUGGGUUUUUUAGGCAAGUGUGAGCUCAGAAGUUGUGUUCUUCAUGAUGAAUUCUGACAGCUGUAUGUUCUGUGGUACAUCAAGAAGAUUGGAGAAAUCUAAGUAAUUUAAGUCACAGCUGAAGAGUUGUCACAGAUAAAAGUUUGUUUACCUGGAAAAUUAUUAAUUGAACAUUUCAAACUGGGAUGUCCAGUCUUUUAUUUAAUAGUUAUUGCCUAUUUAGUUCUUUUUAUCUCCUGUCCCCUUCUCUUUGUAAGCUGUUCCUGACUCCGUGCAAUGCUGUGGGCAGAGGCAGGCAGUGAACUAGCAGUGUUUGCAAAGUAUUUGCUGCUCACUUUCCCUGAGCCCUGUUUGUUAUGCUCAAGUAGCAGCCAUGUCUUGGAGUUUGCUAACAUCAGCUACCUCUCACCUUACAGCAGCAGAGGGAUCAGAGCUGGCUGUGAUAUCCAAGCUGCCAUCACCCUCCAGUGAGGAGGGAAACGAGGGAGAAACACCUGCCUGUGUCACAAGUGCAGGAGAGACUUGAUGGUCCAUUUGUCUCUGUGGACUACUCCAGCUGAGUAAAGCCUGGAGGUCCUUGGCAGCUGAGCUAAGGGCUCUACACACAUAAUAAGACAAGUGGUCUUCUCUGCUGUUCAAGAAGAGAGAAACAAGAGCUGGAAACCAAGAACAAUUGUAUAAAGCACAGCAUGUGCUUGGGACUGCAGGCCUACUGGUGCUGACAGCAGGUGGCUCAGAAUAUUCUCACAGGAGAGUGUGAAGUAACUGGAGAGAUGGGAUAAUUGCAUUUGUGCUGUUGGCCCUGAAGUCCAGAGCUGUUACAGGCUGCGAAGGAGCACAAAGAAAAGAGUUGACCACGGUGGGCAUGCAGCAGUAACAAGGUGCAAGAUAUGUCAUGCUCAGAGGGAGCAUAAAAUUCCAGGUUGGGCAGUGGAAUAAUUUUAUUAAAUACCAUAUUUGUCAUGGAGAAGCUCUUGGAAAAAUCAGUGUCCUGUUCCCUUAAUUUCUACUGCAUCUCUGCUGAGCUUGGCAAUCUGCUGAUCAAAUACACUCGGCAGUGAACGUGCUGGUAGCUACAGUCAAUGUAGGCAGUGGUUUGAAGUUAGCUAAAAAGAAGUGUAGUCAGUGAAAAGCAUCCUGCUAAGCCAACAACAUGAUGUUUUGUAAAUCCUGCCUCUGAAUGAGAACAGAAAUCAGGUUGUAUUUCUUUACUUCAGACUAAGGAUUGGCAUGACUCAGCAGGAUCCCAGCAGGCAGGGAAGACUGAGACCUCCCAUACGACUUGGAAGCAGAAUGCUUGUGCACCUGCACACAGCUCUGCCUGUGAAACAAGGACAUUGAGCACUGGACAUUCAUAUUGACUCUAUGUCCAAGGGGAUCCCAUCAGCAGCCCAAGAGGAAAGUGCUGUUCAGAAAAAUCACAGGAAGAUGCCUUGCAGCUCUCACUUGUUCUGAGGAUGCCUAUGAUAUCCAGAUGCCCAUGAUCUCCAGUUUUCUCAGAACUUCUGUGGAAAGUUGGAGGAAGAAGUUGAUCCCACAGUACAACAAGUUUGGCACAUCCCCAUGGCCUUGAGAGAUGGUGUUUUCCCUGGAAGGUGCAAAGGCACCUAAAGGUCUAUGUUGGAGGCAUUAUGUCAUGAGAAAUAUCAAAGAUAAGAAGUCCUGAAAAACCAUAAUUUAUGUGCAAGAGCUGAUGUGUUUCAACAGCCUGGACAGAGAUGAAAAGCUCUACUUCCCAAUUCAAACUGGCUAGGGGAGCAGUGGUUCUAACCAGGCCAAGGUGCAUGUUAGGAAGUGAGAACAGGAGACUGUGAGCUCUUACCAGCAACAAGAAAAGGCUGCAGACAGCUUAGCAGCCAUCAGGACUGGAGAUGGAUGGGGGUAGAAUGCUUGGGAAGAUGAAGCAGCCUUGCUGCCAGCUGCUCAGCGUUGGUCACUGCCUGUGAGAAGGAUGGGCCCAUCAGCAUGGCUGAGCACGGCCGUUCAUCACCCAGCACGUGCAGAGGUGGGCUUGGGAGUGACCUUGAGCACUGCACCAGCAGCACUUGGCCAAGCCACUGAUAACGUCCAUCCCUUGUCUCCAGGCCAAUGAAUUUUUAGGAAGAUGAACUGAAUAACAUUUACAUAAAUCUGUAAGUGUUGAUGGUUGUGUUUCCAUGCAUUGGGGCCAUCUGUGAAGGAACCUAUAAGGCAGCUUUCAUGAAUGAAGGACUGAGUAUCUUGUUGCAAACAGAUGGAGUAUGGGCAGGUUGGGACAUGAAUGCUUUUCCAUCUCCACACUAUCACUUUGUGGCCCAAAAUUGGACAUAAAUGCUGUCUUUAUCUUUUUGCCCUCUAACCAUGUCCCUUGGUUUUCUGGGGCACUGAUGCUGAACUGACAGCCAGGAAGCAGAGGGGUGGCAAGGACUGCACCUAAACCACUGACUCAGGGUCCUGCUCCUGGCCCACCUCCAUUGGCCAGUCUGGGGCUGGUCACUGGGACUCGGGAGAGGAGCCCUAAAAGAAUCUUCUUUCCCUCUGCCUUCCUGCUGCUUCCAUUUUCCAUAGCUUGAAGUAAAGUCUCAGCUGUACUCAUGGGUGCAGGAACUACAUCACUUGCUGGCACUGGCCUGUCCUGAGGGCAGCAGGAAUUCUCCAUCAGGAGCUUCAGCGAGUUUAGUUACACUUCAUCAGAACUCAUGUGUGUGUCAGAAAAAUGGAGCUCAUAACCCUGAUAUUACAACCUUGUAGAAAAAGACCCUACUCCGAGGUUUGCCGUGUGAAUUUUGCAUUCUGCUGCCCAAAUACCUCUUUCUGCAACUGCUUUUAGUGACUGAAUCUUGUGGCAGUAAAUGCCACAUAUACACAAAUACUGUGUGCUACAAUAGUAUUAAAGCCAAAUUACCAAAAAAUUAGUAUUUGUUGGUCACUCAAAUGCUGCUGAACAAGAAAUUCUUUAAGAGCCACACGUGUACACUCGGAAGUGAAGGAUAUUUAUAUCCUCCAGCCCUAGGUGCCAGAGGAAGAAGGGCACAAAGUCCUUCCACACAUGGACAGGACUCCACAGAUGGACAGACACAGGGGCAGAAGUGAGCAGAUGGUGGACAGGAGGCACGAAAGCCACAGCUCAUGUGCAUGGGGCCAGUCCAGAUUGCACCGGGAGGGUUCCCGAGGCGGCUCCCUGCCAAGGCCGCCGGCAGAGGUGGGGGAAUGUGAUCAGUAGGAGGCAUCAAGUGUUGGCUUGGCAAUCAAAGGCAAAACUGUGGAAAUGCCACUCUGCAAAUGGGGUUUCACUGCGCUGCCAGGAAGUUCUCUAGAGGCUUUGGAAGACCAACCCGGUAACAGGAAAUUAAUCAGAAGCGUUUUUGAGCGGCUCCUUGGCUGGUGAGUGCUGCUGGGGCUAUUUAUACCUCUGAACUGCAGCAAUUUACCCUGCUAAGGAGCUGCUCGGAUGUCACACAUUAGCCACUGCCAGAACAAGUGACCUUUCUGCACAGGACGUUAAGAGCAAAGAGAUGAAAAUUCCCAUUUUCCAAGCAUGGUCCCAAAAAACCUCUGUGCUCUUGUUAAACCAGCUGCAUUGAAGAGGAGUGAUUAGAACAGGCCUUUUUUUUUAGCCUGCACCUGUCUCUUGUUCCACAGCUGAGGAUGCACUGAAAUCUACUUCCAUCCAGACCUGAUCCUGUAAGAGCUUCAGGUGGUAAUUAAAUCCAUCAUUAUCUACAUCUAUUUCUACUUAAACACUUGAGGGGAGAAGCCACCUGAAGGCCAGCAGUUGCUGGAAUUUGCAGUAAUAAGUCACAGGGGAAAAAAAGUUCCCCCAUUUCUUCAUCCCCAGAUGGGUGAGAUUUUUCUUGGUUUUCAUUCUUAUGGAAGUUGAGGCCUUGCAGACGAGGGAGGAUCAUUUUGUGCAGCCUUGUGUGCUGGUCUCUUGAGAAGGUGACAGCUUCACUCCCAGCUAGGAAGAGAGGUUCCCUGACUCUUCUAUCAAGAAAUACACAGGAAGGAACUGUGCCAGAUUACUGUGGAAAAGAUGACUCAAUGAAGCAGAAAAACAAUGUUAGUCUUUGGUGGCCAGGGAAAAGGAGGAAAGCUCGUGGUGGUCUCCAGAUGAUCUGAAGCAAUCUCCUUCCACAAGGAGGGAGCAAAGGGCUGGCAAGUGCAGGCCGUUGGAGAGGACUUCUGGCUUUUUUCCAGGGCACCUGUCUUACUGCAUAGUGGUACCAUCCAGGGCAUCCGACAUGAAGCUCUCUAAUGUUAAUGAUAAAAGAAAAUUACUUCCCUGUGACUGGGGUUGGAGUGAGCACAAGUGGCAUCACUGUUCUGUCAGCAGGCUCCUGACUCCAAAGGGAGUUGUGCUUUCCAGGAGGCUCCUGGGGUUGGUGGCUACACCACUCAAAGCCAGGACUUUGCUUCAAAUCUCAUCCAUGACCUUCAGGAUCAAAAGAAGGCUGCUCCAAGGCCAUGGAGCAAGGACUGAGCCAAGUCCAGGUCACAGUUUUGACUGGUCCUGCUCAGGAUAUGCUAAAGGCAAAAGGAUAUUUGCAUCUUCUUUUCUUGAGAUUCCAGUUGUCCCUGGACCCACUAAGAAUGUGAGAAGGAAACGCUGUGAUGAGGGGCUAUAAACCCAAGGGCCAGGACAUAAAGCAGAGGAUAUAUCAGGAAUUCUCUGGAUGAGGAACACAAGGCUUUCUAUCUGAUAGAGUACUGAAGUGCUGAGGUGCAACAAAACCAGUCCACAGAUGUGAGAUACCUCUGAUUUGCCUUUUACAUUGGACCUGCUGCUUGGCUGCUGAGCAGCCCUCCUGCAAUCAGGCUACCAUGAAGCAUUUAUGAAAAUGUGGUGCCUGCAGAGGCCUUUGUGUGGUGAAUGCCAGAAGUACCACCAUGUACUGGACAUAUUUUUAAUAUUGAUGAACAUGGAAAAGACCAAGCUCAGCCAGUUUUGUGCCCCUGGCUUGGAUUGUGAACAGUGACCACCACAGUGACCACCUCUCUUGGCUACAUCCAGCAGCAGAGGAUGGGGAGAUCAAGAAGUGCACAGGCUGUGAGUGGCUCCUUUGUUCCCCUGGCUGCCCUCAUGUACAGCAGUCAUCUUCCUGCCUCUUCUGUGUGGAUAAGUAUUCCAGCUGCUGCUUCAGCGAUGUCCAACUGCAGUGAUUUAGAGCAAAGCCUCCAUGAAAGCAAAGGGAAAUUCAUGCUCAGCCUUGCCUGGCCAGCUGGAUUCCAAGUGCAAAUCAAGCUCUGGUGCUGCCCUUAUUCAGGGGUAACAGUACAAAUAGGUCAGAGCGUAGGAACUGGGCUUUUGGAUGAAAACAACAUCAGAAGCUUUGCAGUGGAGGUAAAGCCAUCUGACACCCAGCAACACACCGGUUGUGGAAAAGAUACCAUAAUACCACUAAAAAGAGGAUUGGGCAAUUUCAAUUUUUUGAUGAACCAUCAUUCCAGACCAUUCUCAGCUUCCAAAUCUCCUGUGAGGACAGGGAUCUCCGAGCUCCCAACUCCUCAUCCAGUUCACCCUCUGCCUGCUGGAUGCACGCUGCUGAACUGGAGUCUGACUUAGCCAUACUGGAGGUGAAGCAAAGCCUGAUCUGUGGAAUCCUGGGAAUGGCAGUGCAGCACCUGCUCAGGUGGCACCUGUGUGACAUUGUCAGGACUCCUCCAAACUGCCAGCGAGGGAGAGGAGGAGCCGUUUGCAUAGCCUGAGCUGAAACUUCCAGAGAGAAGCGGGAGGUAGGAGCAUCUGGAACUUUCAUGAGAGAGGCAUCCAAGCUCCUGAAGAGAGCCAAAGGAAAUGUACUUACUUAAACUCAAUCAGUCUUCUUAUUUAAGAGAUGUCUUCUUUAUAUUAAAAGUAAUGAUAGCUUUGGUGCAGAGAGGAUAGGAGCUGGGAUGUACUUUAGGGUAGAGUCAGCUCACUAAUUCAUGCUGUGAAGAAGCUGUGAAGGUGGAAAAUAUCCCCUUGGCUUAGUGAAGAAUUAAAGAUUUAAGGUGACAGCAUUUCCUGUGCAAAGGACUGCCAAGUACCAAGCUGCUCUUGAAUGCUGCUCCAGGGCUAGGGGCUGCUCCCCACCAUGCUGUGUUUACAGUUGCUUCAAGGACAAGGAAGAACACUUCUCCAUUAUGCUUCUGUUGCCUCAGUGUUGGAGUCACAAAGAAUUCCUGUCUGGUUUCAUGUACCAGCCUUGGAGCAGCAAUGGAGACUCUGGUCCUGACCAGGAGAGCACAACUCCAGCCAUGUGAGUAAGAGAGCCCCUGCACACACAGCAUCCCUUGGGCACUGUCUGGGGCACCCUGUGCCUCCAAGGAAACUUUUUACCUUAAGCUGGCACCGUCAGCACCUGUAUUGCCAGGCCAAGCUGCUGAUUCACUCAGAGGCUGUUAAUCUUUCUUAAUGUUUCCAUUUUAAUCUAUUUUGUAUUGCCUUUUUUAGUUUUACCUUUUAUUAAAAUUAGGAUUAAUAAAUUAAAACGAACAGAUCUUUACAAAUCAAAUUGGGAAACACACAUCUUUUCUCUUGAAAACACAGCAUUAAUUUCUGCACACUGCAAAGCCCCUCUCUCAGAUAGACUUGCCCUUUUACCCUGGAGAGGGAAAACAAGGCAAGUUUGCCUUUGGAAGUGUGGGUUUCCUUGUGUUCCUGCAACGCCCUGUCCUUAGGUUGCUCCUUUUUGUCUUUUAACAUAAAGCAAUGCUGCCUCGUGCUCCGUAGCAUAGGAAACAGAGGUGACUCCCUGGAUAAAAGCUGGGUGGUUCCCUGCUGCCUCCAGCCAUGUUCUGCAUGGAUUUUCUGUGCAAACUCCUUACAGGGGCAUUGAAAAGGCUGCUGGUGGGAGGGAUCCUUUCUGUGCUGUCUGUGGUUUGCAAACUCCUCCCUCCCACUCAGAUCAGCAGCUUGGCUCAUGCAAUUAAUGGCUCCAGACAGAAUUUGGUGUUGGCCUAAAGCAGUUAUUACCACCCAGCUGCUGGUUAAAUG